AUGGUGAGAUACACCUGAGAGUGUAUAAUGCAGGGCCCAAUGAUGUGUACGUCAGGCGUCGACGUUUGCGGCCAUCGAGGAAAAGCAAACCGCACAAUACCAGUCAGUAGACAGCAAGGGAGACAGACAGACAGACAGACAGACAGACAGCGGCACAUAAGGGCCCUCUCUCCCCUUUCUCUGCAGGCUGCUGCGCGUCCCCGUGUUGAAUGAGUACCUGACAAUGCCACACCAUGAGCGCCUCCCGCCACCCUUCAACCUCAUCGGUCAGGCACGAGACAUGAGACUUAAAGUGCAUCCAUCACAUGUGACCAUGAUCUGUGUGUGUGCAGCUGUGGUCGUGUCGGAGCCCCUGCGAUACCUCGCCUCCCUCAUAAGCGGACAGCAGUCGGCACUCUGCCGCAUUGCCUUCUGUUUGAUGAAGGUCCUCUACUUUACCAUCGAUGCGCUCCUGUGCGCCGUCGCCUUCACACCCGCAUUCAUCUACAAAGCACUGGAGGCGUUCCCACGAGCCAUACGGCAGGGCUACUUGGCGGCACUUUCUGUUGCACUUGUCAUUCUCCUAAUGCCCGUUCUUCUUCUGUACCAAUACGCCCGGAGAGUAAGGCUACAAGUCACAUGAUAUGAGACAAACAGUGGCCUUGUCUCAUCUCUCCGGAAUGGUCGGGUAGGGGUUGUCGUUCUUUUCUUUUGAGGCCACUGAAAGUGACAAUUCGGAGAUGGCUGAUAAGAGGCGUAAAGCGCGGAUAUUCCUCAGAGACAGCAUCGACAAGUGGAUCGAGGCGGCGGAUCAACACGACUCGAGCGUGCCGGACGUCAUGGCAGGUCAGACACGCAGGCAGGCACUCACAGAAAGACUGAGCAAUCUUGAAUGUAAUUCAUGCAGCAUUGGAAUCCAUGGACAGACGACACGCCGCCCGGCAUUCACAGAUCGAGAAGCGGCUGACGGAACUGGAGGCAUACAUCAAGGCGAAGCUCAAAUAG